AUGCCACGCAACACCAAAAGAAUCAGGGAAGCACCCCGAUCCCGGGGUAAAUCAUCUGGACCUCCACGCAAGGGUCCUGCCCCCAAACCCCAGGGCACCAAUACACAGAAGAAGGGCCCUGUACAAGCGAACCAAAGACCAAUUGUUCCAUUCCUGAGAAAAGAUCGAAUCCUCUUGAUUGGUGAAGGCGAUUUCUCAUUCGCCCGCGCACUUGCAACACAGUACAAAUGCCCCAAUAUCUGUGCAACAAGCUAUGACUCCAAGGAGACGCUUUUGAGCAAAUACCCACAAGUUGAAGAAAACUUGGAAGCCAUCUUAUCAAAGCCAGAGCAGAGUGAGAGCGACAGCGACGAGAAAGAUCAAGAGCAAGAAAAAGAGGAGAAAGAACCCCAAAACAAGGUUCUUUUCUCUGUUGAUGCCCGCAAACUAGGCUCCCAGACUGGCGGUGGCAAAGAGCUACUACGUGGAUUUGAGCGUCGUGAGCGUCGACGCCCAGCCUGGUUCAACCCCGCGACCCCUGAUCCACCGCAUCAGAGUGCCGGAGCUUGGGAUGUGAUCUGUUUCAAUUUCCCGCAUGUUGGUGGUCUGUCGACGGAUGUGAAUCGGCAGGUCCGAGCGAAUCAGGAGUUGCUGGUUGCGUUUUUCAAGGCUGCUGUUCCUCUUGUUUCUAAGCCGCCGCCUUUGAUGGAUGCCGAUGAAGGGGAGUAUGAGUAUGAGGAUGGGGAAGGGAGUGAUGUGGAGGAAGAUGAUGAGGAAUCCACGACUGGGAAUGGGGUGAGGACUGGACAUGGGCAGAUUCUUGUUACGUUGUUUGAAGGCGAACCAUAUACACUUUGGAACAUCAAAGAUCUGGCUAGACAUGCGGGAUUGGUGGUUGUGACUAGUUUCAAGUUCCCGUGGAGCUCUUACGAGGGAUACUCACAUGCGCGAACGGUGGGGCAUAUUGAAGGGAAGGAUGGAGAGAGGGGUGGGUGGAAGGGAGAGGAUCGGGAAGCGAGAAUGUAUGUCUUUGAGGUGAAGCAGAAGGAGAAGAAGGGGAAGAAGAGAACCAGGGAUGAUUCGAGUGAUAGCGAAUAG